AUGAAGAUUCAAAAGAAGUUACCGAUUAAAGAAGCAGAGCCAACAAAAAGUGAAGUUUUAGUUGCUGAUACACCAUCAACUCAAAAAGAAAUCAUUCAUUUGAAGACUAGUGUUUUUCACAAAAUAAUGAAAUCCAAACAUAAGAGCCGAUCUCCACUCACGAAUGUUGUCCGAAAACCACAGGUUACUCAUCAAGGACUUCUAUUUCAUGAGAUUCCUAAACCUGCUUCACCGUCUUCAAAGAAACAAAGGGCAAUUGAUAUGGCCAAACAAAUUUCUAAGAAGAAGAAGAAAAGCAAAAUGAUCAUCUCUUCUGAGUCUACUGCUGAUGAAGAUGAAACAAUUCCAGAAACUCCAAAAUCUGAUAUUUACAAAAAAUCUUCUACUCCUGCACCAGAAGAUGUUAUACCACCCAACGAUUCAGUUGCCAAGUCAGUUUCUGAGGAGGCACGAACUUCUGACAUUCUUGUAAAUGUAUCUAAUACGGAUGCAAAUGUCAUCAUGGGUGAGGAUGCUUCGCAUAAAGCUGACCAAGAAGGUUUUGGAGGGAUGUUUGAAAAUUUGGAGUUUGAUGAAGAAGAAACUGAUUUCCCAGAUCACAUGCUAAUUACCAUGAAGUAG